ACAUACAGACAAAUAGCCACGCGUUUCGCCUUGGCGACCUGUCUCGCCUGGAACCUCGCGCGACCAGUUUUAGCAGAGGAGGCCCGGGCGGGCAGGCAGGCGGGCGAGGGAAAAGCAGAGGAGGAGGAGAGAGGCGGCUCCCUAGUCUCACUCGGCGGCCAUUUGCCUCCGCCCCUCGUCCCUUUCCUCGUUGCCAGCGGGAUCCGAUCCCGCCAGAGCUGCUUUUUAGCGCCGGCGGCCGAGUCGCGGAGGAGCGCCCUUUGGAAGCAAAGGCGGCUGGGCCGGAACAAUGUUAAGUUUCUUUCGCCGAACACUUGGACGCAAGUCUAUGCAUAAACAUGCUGAGAAAGAGCGGCUAAGAGAAGCUCAGCGAGCUGCAACUCACAUCCCUGCAGCUGGAGAUGAGAAAUCUAUAAUUACAUGCAGGGUCUCUUUACUGGAUGGAACGGAUGUCAGUGUGGACUUACCGAAAAAAGCCAAAGGACAACAUCUGUUUGAGCAGAUAAUGUACCAUCUGGACCUUAUUGAAAAUGAUUACUUUGGUCUACGAUUCAUGGAUUCAGCACAAGUGGCUCAUUGGUUGGACCACACAAAGAGUAUAAAAAAACAAGUUAAAAUUGGUCCACCGUACUGUCUUCAUCUUCGUGUAAAAUUUUACUCUUCUGAACCAAACAACUUGCGUGAAGAGCUCACAAGAUAUUUAUUUGUUCUUCAACUAAAGCAGGAUAUUCUGAGUGGCAAGUUGGAAUGUCCCUUUGAAACAGCGGUGCAAUUAGCAGCUUACAUGUUACAGGCUGAACUUGGGGAUUAUGAUCCUAUUGAGCACAUCCCGGACAUAGUGUCAGAAUUCAGAUUUGUGCCAAGCCAGACUGAAGAGAUGGAACUGGCCAUUUUUGAGAAGUGGAAAGAAUACAGGGGUCAGUCACCAGCUCAGGCAGAAACUAACUAUUUGAACAAAGCAAAGUGGCUCGAAAUGUAUGGAGUAGACAUGCAUAUAGUAAAGGCAAGAGAUGGCAAUGAUUAUAGCCUUGGAUUAACACCAACAGGCGUCCUUGUAUUUGAAGGAGAUACCAAGAUUGGAUUGUUCUUUUGGCCAAAAAUUACUAGAUUGGACUUCAAAAAGAAUAAAUUAACACUAGUGGUGGUUGAAGAUGAUGAACAGGGUAAAGAGCAGGAACAUACUUUUGUCUUUAGGCUGGAGCAUCCAAAGGCCUGCAAACAUUUGUGGAAGUGUGCUGUUGAGCAUCAUGCUUUCUUCCGCCUCCGUGGACCUGUUCAAAAAGGCUCCAGUCGAUCCAGCUUCAUUCGGCUGGGUUCCCGAUUCAGAUACAGUGGGAAAACAGAAUACCAGACUACAAAGACUAAUAAAGCCAGAAGAUCAGCAUCUUUUGAGAGAAGACCUAGUAAACGAUACUCAAGGAGGACACUACAAAUGAGAGGUAAUCCUCAUGCAUCUGAAGGAAUUAGCCAUUCAGGCAAUGUUUUCACUCAAAACAAUGGACCACAGCAAAACCGGAGUGCAUUGCCCUCUGCAGCAGCAGUUCCUUCUGGUCCAGUUUUAGUUGAAAUAGAAAAUCUUACCCGGAAUACUGGAAUAAGCCAACAGGAUAAUAAAUGCUUAUGCAGCAUGCCUCUGACUGCUGAUUUGCUUGAUAGCAAAGAAAUGUUCGACCCUUGUACUGACAGUGCUGCUGGUUUUCCUCCUGCUGAGGGAUUAGGUGAAACGUUGGAAGGGGGAGAUGGUACAAAGGAACCCCCCUCUGAGAAUAUAAAUCUUGUUGCUGAUGAACCAUCCCUGAAACUGAAGCACCUGGAAACCGAGUUCACUCCCGUAUUGGUUUCCCAGUCCAACGUAAACAUAAAUGUCAGCAAGCAGGAGGAAGUUGUGAAAUUGACAGAUAAAUGCCUGAACAAUGUAAUUGACAGCCCUGUGAACACUUCUAUGCGGUUGUCUCCGGAUAUUAAAAGUAAUAUUCUGAAGGCCCAGGUGGAGGCAGGGCACAAAGUGGUGAGGAAGGGAAGCGUAUCUGGCAACAAGAACACCAAUAUCCAAGAUACAGCUGGAAGAAGCGUUCUUCCAUCAGUAAAAGAGAAAAACAGCCCCCUGAGAACCCUCAGCCCUGUGUGCCAGGAACCACGAGAGGGACUAAAAGUGAUCCCAGUCACCAAUGCCUUCAUUCUGAAUGAAUUCAAUGAGAAUACUACUGCCCCUGACUCCAAAGAUUGUGUGAAUCCUACUGAUCUGACUCCUAGAGAAGAGGAUGCUCUUGUAAAGGGUUCCUCCGAGAGCAUGGAGAUUUUGUUGACAGCACAGACAAAGAAUUUAAUUGACUUCACAGAAGCCACGCCUCAGGUGUCUUCACCAAUAAUUAUGCCCAGGUGGUUAGUGCCAAGUGGACUGACUUCUAAUGGGCCUCUGGGAAAUGAUGUUGCUUUAUCUCUUAAGACAACUAAAAUAAACACUGAAGCCCCAUUGGCUACUGACUCAUCACCUCCAUUGUACCCCUCUGAAAUCACACCCAGUCCUGUUACUGAAGAUACUACACGGCAAAAAUGUUUACUCACCACUGAACUCUGAGCUUCAACAAAUCUCAUUUCCUAGUGUAUUUAGUGAGCAAAGGACUUACCUGAAAUUAAGCCAUGUUUAUGCCAUGGUUAACAAAGAAUGGUUGCUUUACAGUAAACCCUUCAACUGGAACUAAGAGUAUGAGUUUAGGACACAGAGCUGCUGGGAAACCUGAAUCUCUUGCAAAAUAUAUGGGAACAAAUUCUGAGAUGUCAUGAAAUCCACAGGGUUUUCAUCCACUACAAUGCUUUUGUUAGAGAAUUCCUUCCUUGUUUAUAGGUGAAAUGAAAAUACUCACAGGGAUAAGCUGGUUUUUCCCCCCCUAGCUUAAACCCAAUUAUGGGGAAGCUGGUGGUGACAGUAAAAGAAAAUAGCAGUGACAUUUUUACAAUGCUCUUUUGUGACCAUCUCUUUUUAUCUUCUUUUGUAUUGUUAUCUAGCAAAUGUUCUUGAUUUUAAUCUUGUUUCUAGACUCCACACUUUUGUUAACAAUCUAUGGAAGUGAAAAAUGCAGCACCUUGAUUGCAAUUUAUUCUGCUGGCAGAUGCUCUCAUAAGGAAAGAAGCAAUGUUUUAUUAAACACAUCAAGACUACUAUAUGUGUGGAUGGGCGACUUUCACAUUUUGUUCCAUUAAGUCACUAAAAUAUUUCUAGGUAGACAGGGCAUCUAAUAUGUGAUCCUUGAUGCUCUCUGAGCUUGGUUGUUUUCUUGCAGAAAACAUAUUUGCCCUUUCAGUGUUAGUGGGAAUGGUCUUUGUGGUUUUGAUUUGGCUGUUGUUUACUAUUAGCUUGUUUGACUGGGUUAGUACUGAGUUUACUUCUUGAUUGUUCGUCGUGUUAAUCUCUGCUCAUCUGUGUAUUGAUUGCUGGUGGGGAACUGUUUUAGUCUUUUUGUUUCUUUUUUUGGUUGUUUGAUUGUCUCUUCAGACCGGGUAAGACAGUAAUAUAUAUAAAAAAGCAAAGCCCACUCCCUUUAACAUUGAUCAUGUUACCUAGUUUGGUAACGAAAUGUCUGCAAGAAAACCAAAUUCAGAGAAGAACCAAGAACCCCACCGCUCAGCCAUGAGCUACAGAUACUCUCUUGAAUCAAUGAACCUAGUUUCUGCUAGAUUAGCUUGAAGGGCUAGUCUUCUUUGGGGUUUCCUCUAGCUAUUUUUUGGAAAGUUCUAAGGUUUGUGCAGAAAUAAUCUGAGACUUUUAAAAUCGCUUCAAAUGCAUAGUUAGAAUUACUGUCCUUUUUGUGUGCUCCAUUCUGUACCUUUCUUCAAAUCUACUUGUAGUUGGAAUAUGUAUUUUGUUCAUAACUGGAAAAUUAAAAAGCAAAAUAUACCAACAUUAUGCCAACUUUCCUAUAUUAGAUGAGUAGCUAUUUAUAUAUUGGAUUCCUUCCUUUAUGCACUAAACUGCUGAUUGCACUAGUUUGAACUAAACAGUCUGUUACAAAUUGGGGGGGAGGGACUAAGCAAAUCCCGCGUUUAAUUUAUGCUUAGAAUUUUUGAAAACAAAAAAUACCCUUGGGCUUGUGCAGUUAAGAUUUAAUCCUAUGGGUCAGGUAUCCAACUCAUCCUGCAUCUUCUGUCUCUUUUCAAAAUAAGCAAGGAAAUCGUACAACGCCUUAAUUCUGAUUCUUCCAAAAUGGCUCUGCUUGCUGUGCAUUAUUGAAAUACCAAAUUCUAAGUCAUUUAAAAACAUGACUUAUUCUCCAUCUGUUUCUGAUGGAAGACCUAUAAGCAUUUAGGCAAGAAAGCAAGGAAACCUGAGUGCCAAGAAUUUCUGAAUGAACUUUGAAAGGAAAAGCGAAAGGACCCCCACCCCACCCCCAGCAAAAGUUUCUUUCAUAGUGGAAGUGAUGAUAAAAAUGCAAGUGUUCCUCAUUCCACUGUACAUACUCUUCCUUUCAUAGCUGGUUGCUGCUUGCGAAAUAACACAAGCUACUUUGCUUUGAUCUGCAAUACUUGUUUUAAGCAAUUGCUUCAUAAAAUAGCAUAAUGGGAACCAGAGUUGGGGGGGUUAGAGGGAGGGGUUACUGAGGCAAAUAACUUAGCAUUAAUAACCAUAGGACAUAUCCUGAUUACCAGACCUCAGGAGGCAUGACUUUUGAAAUAGCUUAGGUAACAUCUAAUUGGUUAUUGAUUUUUCAGACAUUUCCCCGAGCCAAGGUAAACCCACUGCUUUUAUGAACCUUGCCUGUAUUUUUACAAGGGAUGAAAAUAUUUAGGAUGACACUAUCUUAAUUCCUGCUGUAAGAAUGAGGAGAGUUGGAGAAUAUGGUACCAUUUGCCUAUUAUCCAGAAAGAUAGCUUUGCUAACAAAUUGUCUAGAUAAUCCUAAUCACUAGAAUGUUGUGUGCUGACCAUUUAAAAAAAAACCAAUGGCUUUUGUCAUUUUAUUUUACUAACCUGAUGUACAGCUG